CCAUUUUCACGGCGGUUUCAUCAUUUUUUGCUUGUCGGUGCUUUUUUUGAUGAUAUGGUUUUUCUAGAACACAUCCAAGGUCUUAUGGCACGUAAGCGGUAAAAGAUGUGUUGAUCUUGUACACAUUUCAACUGUUCCAAUAUCUAUGUUGAAAAGAUGUGGCUUCAUAAACCACUUCUGACAGAACAGCGUCACAGAAUUCAAUUUUGAAAAUGAAACUCAAAGGCCGAUGAGUAUCUGAACAGCAAUAAUGCAAUCUAAAGAGCCUCGUGGAACUCAAACCAAACUGAAACGGAGAACUCGGACCAUUAAUGAGUUUGACGAGUCAGACUUGAAUCAGGCACCCAUUGCAGUGAGUCAUGACACCAGUGCUGUUGCAGUACCACAGCCACAUGUUCCAAACCACCUUCUAACUGUGUCUUUACUGGAGCUCAUCUGCAGCAUAUAUGAGCCAGAGCCAAGGAAAAGCUAUGAGAUAUUCAAAGUACUGUGCAGUUACCUAGCCAGCCUGAAGGUGAUGUCCCCACUUGUUUACCUGGAUGAGCUUAGUAUGAUCCGGUCACAGUAUAGAAAACAGCUGCCAAACCUACUGAGAGCUGCCAGGAGGCAUGUCAACAGUGAAUUUGGUCCACCAAAGGCUUUGCCCUCCUCCAAGAUGUUCCCAACAGUAAAUCCUCAGGAAAGUCUCAUACGUAAUGCGAGCUUUGACGAUCUGAUGCACAUGCACACAUCAAGGUACACAGAGGAGUUUGUGGAGCAGGAGAAACUGGGCAGAGGAGGGUUUGGAAGUGUAUAUAGGGUCAAGCACAAGUUAGAUGGGUGUGAGUAUGCAGUGAAGAAAAUUAGAUUGAAACCCAAUCAGCCAGAGGGGUGGGUGAAGAUUCUCAGAGAGGUGAAAGUUUUAGCCAACUUAAGUCACCAGUACAUAGUGGGCUAUAAUGCUGCCUGGCUGGAACAGACCCCCACAAUGUCAGCCAAACCACCCCAGGGUCCUUUACCAAGCACACCAAUCAGAGAUCUGGAUGAUAUGUCCGAUUCAGAAGAAAGCAGCGACAGUAAUAACUUUGACCAAGAAUCUUUCUCAGCCUCGCCCCAGGAUGCAGACCCUGGAGGUUAUGGGGAGGAGUACAGUGGAACAAGUAUUGUGUUUGAAGACAGCAUCAAGGUCACCUCAAUGCAAGAGGAGAACCUUAAAAUUGAGACUAACACUGAGACAUCAAUGCGCAGACAAGUUACCACUAAACUAAAAUAUAAAUACUCAAGGAGUCCAAAUAAAACAACUGAGACUAGCAAAAAAGUGGAGUCUGUAAAGUGCAGAAGUCUCCUACCUUAUAGUCCUUUGGUUCCAAAUUUGAAUGCUUUAUUUGUACCAGAAAUGCAAAGAUUAGUUGAGAGAACCAAGCAUAUGACUGUAGACUCUCAUGAAGAGGAUGAUGCUGUAUUCUUGUCCACUGAUCCUACAAGUUCUUCCACAAACGCAGAGAGCAAUGAACCCAGAUUAAAGAACUGGAGUGCUAAUAAAACUCUCGGGACUUUUCCCGUUGGAGCUAUGGCUGAUAUACCCAGCAGUAGAACUAAAAGAUUAUGGCAGCGGCACCAUCUUCCCAGGAGGAGCCAAAGCCAUGAGCCAUCUCUAGCAGGGGAUGGGUUGAUAGACAGUGAGAUACACAGUAUUAUGCACACUGCAGUGCCCUGUGAAACUUUUGUGACAAAUAAAGUGACUCUGUAUAUCCAGAUGCAGCUCUGCUCCCACACACUGGGGGAGUGGCUCAGUGAGAGGAACGGUUGUUUACAGGCUGGACAGGAUCCAUUCUCUGUUGUGGAGGUGGAGGAACUGAUGUGGAUUGCCAAGCAGAUAUUUAAAGGGGCGGAGUACAUACAUUCACAGGGAUUAAUACACAGAGACCUCAAGCCAAGGAAUAUAUUCCUCCAUGGGGACAAGCUUCAGGUGAAGAUUGGAGACUUUGGUUUGACGAGGGAAGAUAUCCUACUGGAGAGCCCUACCAUGUUCCCACUCAGUCCUUUUGGAAAAAAUACAAUGUCAGCUGCAUGGAGUUCCAGCAAUGAGACCCCGUACACCUCAGGGAUAGGUACCAGUAUUUAUGCUGCACCUGAGCAACUAGCUGGAUCAUGUUAUGAUAGCAAGAGUGACAUGUACAGCCUAGGUGUGAUAUUGUUUGAACUGUUUCAUCCAUUUGGGACAGAGAUGGAGAGAAUACAGUGUCUGAUGGCUCUGAAAGGUGGCAGCACUGAAGUCAUUCCCCAGGUGAUCAGGACAAACUGGCCAAUCAUUGCUCAAACAAUAGAUCUGCUGACAAACCCGGCUCCUGUCAGGCGCCCAUCUGCCACUGAUGUACUGCAGAGCGAACUUUUCCUGAGCAAAGAUCAGAUUAUCAAGUCACUGAGGAAUACAAUCACAAAGCAAAUUGACGAGAUUGCAAAUCUUAAAGAUAAACUAGCUGAGAAAGAAGCAUUGCUGGAAGCUUUGCAGAUUGAUAUACAGUCACCAGUUGUAUAAGAAAUACUAUGGAUACUAUUUGUGUUGGUGUACAAUUGCUUGUCUAUCAGAUAAAAAUAUUUCAUUCAUUUGACUACUACUUAUUUUAACUUGGGGGUCAAAUUAAAAAUCUUGGCCAGAAACCUUACACCAACUUUCAAUAUUUUAGAAGAUGUUGUGUGAAACAGGGGCUAGACCUUUUACUUAUAGUUGGGCUAUGCUUAUCUUGAGGGUUUUUGGAUGGAUAAUAAGCUCCAGAUUUAGGGCAUUUGUUAUCCUCAAGCAGUCCUAGGUACAAAAUGGAAACUGGUACUGCUGACAUGAUUGCUUGCAGGGGCGGAUUUAGGACAUCUUCUGGGUCUUCUGGAAGUCUGUCAGAUUUUCAAGUUUAUAUCGGGUAUCUUAUUUCUUCUCGUGGAAGACAGUCAAAAAUGGGGACGGAUUUUAUAAUUUGGAAGACUGUUAGAAAAUAUAUCUGGAUCCGCCCCUGGCUAGAUAGUUUUGAGUGUCCGAUUAAGUGAGACAGUAUUAAAUUUAGUUCCAAGUAAAAUGACUAAGAAUUAAACAUGUUUUUCAGAAGAUGAUGAAUGGUAUCUUAUAAGGUUACAUGGUAUCCAACAGAUCUGAGCAAGGGUAUGGAAAUCAUUGCAGUGCACAGGUGAAAGUGCUCAUGGUUUCGUACAUAUUUCUGUUUAAGUGUGAAAGUUCACAGUGUUUUCUACUGCUUUUGUGAUGUUUGUUUCAAAGAGGACAAAAACGUUUUAUUGGUUUCUUAGGGCAUUAUACGUACCCUGUUUGUGAUUUUUACCCUGUUAUGUUUUG